UGCGUAUUGAGCCGCGGCUGCGAGGAGCUGAGGGAAGAGGUACCGCCGCCAGCGCUGCCGCGGGGACCCGUUAGAGCGGAAGCGCCGCCGCCGCCGCCUUCGCUGUCCCGGGGACCCUGAUUCCUGGCAGGUGGGAGGCGGGAGCCAUGUCGAAGCGGCUUCGGAGCAGCGAGGUGUGCGCUGACUGCAGCGGUCCGGAUCCUUCCUGGGCAUCAGUAAAUAGGGGAACUUUUAUAUGUGAUGAGUGCUGCAGUGUCCAUCGGAGCCUAGGGCGCCACAUCUCUCAAGUAAGGCAUCUGAAACACACACCGUGGCCUCCCACGUUGCUGCAGAUGGUUGAAACCUUGUAUAAUAAUGGUGCUAAUUCUAUAUGGGAGCAUUCUUUGCUGGACCCUGCCUCUAUUAUGAGCGGAAGACGUAAAGCUAAUCCACAGGAUAAAGUACAUCCUAAUAAAGCGGAAUUCAUCAGAGCCAAGUAUCAGAUGUUAGCAUUUGUCCAUCGCUUGCCUUGCCGAGAUGAUGACAGCGUGACUGCCAAAGACCUUAGCAAGCAACUCCACUCAAGCGUCAGAACGGGGAAUCUCGAAACCUGUUUGAGGCUGUUAUCUUUAGGAGCACAAGCCAAUUUCUUUCACCCUGAAAAAGGAAAUACCCCACUCCAUGUUGCCUCCAAAGCAGGGCAGAUUUUACAGGCAGAAUUAUUGGCGGUAUAUGGAGCAGACCCAGGCACACAGGAUUCUAGUGGAAAAACUCCUGUGGAUUAUGCGAGGCAAGGAGGGCACCAUGAGCUGGCAGAACGCCUUGUAGAAAUACAGUAUGAGCUGACUGACAGACUAGCCUUCUAUCUCUGUGGCAGGAAACCAGAUCACAAAAAUGGACAGCACUUUAUAAUACCUCAAAUGGCAGACAGCAGCCUGGAUUUGUCUGAAUUGGCAAAAGCUGCUAAGAAGAAACUUCAAUCCCUAAGUAAUCAUUUGUUUGAAGAACUUGCCAUGGAUGUGUACGAUGAAGUUGACAGGCGAGAGACCGAUGCAGUCUGGCUUGCCACGCAAAACCACAGCACCCUGGUAACCGAGACAACUGUCGUCCCCUUCCUUCCGGUCAAUCCUGAGUACUCUUCAACACGGAACCAGGGAAGACAGAAACUCGCUAGGUUUAACGCCCAUGAGUUUGCCACACUGGUCAUCGACAUUCUCAGUGACGCCAAGAGGAGACAGCAAGGCAGUCCUCUUUCUGGUUCAAAAGACAAUGUGGAGCUCAUAUUGAAAACAAUCAGUAACCAGCACAGUGUUGAGAGUCAAGACAAUGACCAGCCAGACUAUGACAGUGUGGCCUCAGAUGAAGACACGGAUCUGGAAACUACUGCAAGCAAAGCAAACAGGCAGAAGAGCCUAGAUUCAGAUUUAUCAGAUGGACCAGUCACUGUGCAGGAAUUUAUGGAGGUCAAAAACGCUCUAGUGGCUUCUGAGGCCAAGAUACAGCAGCUAAUGAAGGUGAAUAACAACUUGAGUGACGAGCUGAGAAUUAUGCAGAAAAAGCUUCAAACACUCCAGAGUGAAAAUUCGAACCUCAGGAAACAGGCCACAACCAAUAUAUAUCAGGUGCAAACUGGUUCUGAGUACACAGACACUUCCAACCACUCUUCCUUAAAGCGACGUCCGUCUGCCCGGGGCAGUAGGCCCAUGUCCAUGUACGAGACGGGAUCAGGUCAGAAACCAUAUCUCCCAAUGGGAGAAGUGAACCACCCCGAAGAGAGCAGGACAAGACUCCAGCCUUUCCCCGCGCACAUCGGGAGGAGUGCGCUUGUGACCUCCUCUUCAUCUCUGCCUUCCUUCCCCUCCACACUUUCCUGGUCGAGGGACGAAAGCGCCCGAAGGGCAUCCAGGCUGGAGAAGCAGAACAGCACACCUGAAAGUGACUACGACAACACCCCCAAUGACACAGACCCAGAUGAUACGGGGUCAAGCAGAAAGGGAAGGCAGAGGAGUAUGGUAUGGCAAGGUGACGGCUCAGUACCAGAUACCGCGGAACCCCACACAGCCCCAAGCCCCAUCCUCCCCAGCACGGAAGACGUCAUCCGGAAGACUGAACAGAUCACCAAAAACAUACAGGAGCUCUUAAGAGCAGCUCAAGAAAAUAAACAUGACAGCUAUAUCCCCUGCUCAGAGAGGAUACACGUAGCUGUUACUGAAAUGGCAGCAUUAUUCCCCAAAAAACCCAAGUCUGACACGGUGAGGACUUCCCUGCGCUUGCUGACGUCCAGUGCCUACCGACUCCAGUCAGAGUGCAAGAAGACCCUCCCCGGGGACCCCGGCCCGCCCACGGACAUCCAGCUGGUCACGCAGCAGGUUAUCCAGUGUGCGUACGACAUCGCCAAGGCCGCCAAGCAGCUGGUCACCAUCACCACCAAAGAGAACAACAACUGAACAGCUCAGUGUCGGCCCUUGCAUUUUCCAGGCUUUUUAAAGUCCACUUUCAAAUUGAGGCGUGGAAUUUCUGCCAGUUUUUACAGAAACAAACAUUUAAUGAAAGUUUAAAACUUUUUUUAAAAAACUCAGUAUUAUUUUUGCAUGUUUUCUAACAAAUUUUCGACUAUUAAUUUAACCCACUUGCCUUAUUUUGUGCCUGUUUGCCAGUUUCCUCUCGAAUGUUCUGUUGUGCUGUCAGUGACUGUUGUUGAGUCGAUGGUCCUAGUCAUCCAAACGCAGAGUUUCAUUGUUUCAAGUUUGUUAGAACUUUUCCAUCCCUUUGAAACUGCCUGUUUAGGGUUAAAAUUAUAAAUGAGAUUUUUAGUGAAACAUUUUCUGGAGAGAGUUGGGUAAAAAAAAAAGAAAAAAAAAAUCCACCUCAUCUGUUCCCUAGCAAACAUUGUGCAAUAAGCGAAUUUUCCAGCCCUAGUGCAAGAAUCUCUAAGUUUGGGGUGUCCGCAAACAUGGAUGUAGAGAAGGGACUUUGCCCCUCUCUGAAGGUAGUGUAACAGUCUCUCUUGGAAGGAAACGAUGAACUGCUCCAUGCUUUUCACUGUUUUCUCUUGUUAGAUGUUCUUUUAUUUGAUGUUUCUGUCUGGAUCCUCUGUCUCUUUUACCAUCAUCCUGAGGUCUCCGUCUUGCCAGAUAAGCGCUCAUUCCCCACGUCACGUGUCAUUUGGCCCUGUCCAGGUAGGAGCGUGACCCUGCUAUCAUGUGCGGCUCGGUGCUCCGCCUUCCCGCAGGAAACCAGAUGUGUCAUUCCAAACGUGCAGCAAAGAGGAGCCCCAUCCCACAAGCCGUAACUAAUUCUGUGCCACCCCAUUCAGAUUAUCACUGCCAUAAACCGUGGGAAGAGAAAUCAUCUACUCCCUAACACAGUAAUGUAUCUCUCUCCCAGAACUCGGUUAUUCUGACCACUUAGCGCUUCCUCACACGGCCUGUUUGGCACAGCUCAUCACCUGUAAGGACUUCUUACAAGGUAAGGUUUAUACAAUCAUCUGAGUAUGUUUCUCCUCCAUUACCUCGCUGGUCCUUGAAAAUUAGACCUCAUCUUUCACGAAUUCCUCAGAGAGUGCUCUAGGUGACUGCCAGCUAUCCCGAAGCUACGAAAGUACAGGUUUAAGUUCUGGAACAUACUGACAUUGGUUUUUAAACUACUAAAAAGACCGUUCUUGCUCUGAAUGCUAAAGCAUAUCCCUGUCCCUGCUCCUUGCAGCAGUUUUGUGGACCGGAGGGGCCGGGCAGCACUGACGGAGAUGAACGAAGUGGGCCAGGUACAGAGCAGGGGCGGAGGACCAUGGGGGAGCAGUGGCAUACCCAGGAGGGACAGCAGCUCCCCAGCUCCACCCAGACUGCGUUGUGGAAAAGUGGACCCGGGGUUGGCAGAGCUUUGAUUUUUUUAAGAGACACCAGAAAUAACGGAUAUUUUUUGUGCCAUUCUCUGUUUAUAAAUGUUGGUGAUGAAACAUUGUCACAGCACACGUUUAGGUGAGCUGUGGCCUCUAGGCUGCCAGCUCACAGCCUCUGCCCGUGGGUUCUGUCACCUGCAGCGGGGAGGCCACACCUGCUUUACCUUCUGAGCCUUACGUGUUCCCUGGCCACCCGUACCCUGUGUCAGGUUGCUGUUAGUUCUCAUCUUACCCAUAUGUUCUGUCCCAUCGUGCUCAUUCAUACAUGUGAAGAAGUCAAAGUAAUCACAGUUGCCUAGAUAUGUGCUAAAUAAGCCUGUAUUUUCACAGAACCGUUUGACUUACAAACAUCUUUAUAGCUUGACCGGAUGCUGUUGUGAAGGAAGCACCUUGAUGGUGUUUGGUUUACUAAGUCCUGGUGUGUGGAUGCUUUUGCCGGAUUUUGCUACACUGAGUGGCGCGGGGAAAGGGUCCACAUUUCCAAAAGACUCAUCCACUUGUCUGCACAAUCCUAAGUGCCAUGUUCCUGUUGGAUGCUGAGGGGAUGCCUUCUACCUUCUAUUAAGUUCAAGCACCAUCUGAUAACCUUGUCUGCAUGCCGCACGUACUUAGCUGUCCCUCCUCCUCUUUCUUGCAAACACCCGCCCUCGUGUUGGGCCCGUGCUGGGGCCUCGGGAAAGGCCCAGUGGCCAUACUGAGUGGGUGCCUCGGCCUCCCAGGGAGGACAGGCUUCUAAAUGAUGAGUCGUCUGCGGGAGGUGCAGUGGCGUCUUCGCUGGAACACUCGAGGACGGGUGACAGAGGACCUUGUCUCUGUGCGCCUAGAAAAAAUCAAGGAGUGUGGGGACCAGAGAGCAUUUCCAAUUGUAAGAGCACCACAGACGUAAGUUCGACGUUUUCUCUGUGAACCCACAGUGCCAGCACUCCAGAGAGAAGUUCUGGGUGGAGUGACACGCCUCCCUCUGCUGCCCUGCACAUUUCCUCAGCCUCUUCUGAGACCCGGUCCCACUGGCAAACCGCACCUUGUCUGGACGGCCGUUCACCACCUUUUGCACAUGUGUUCCAUAGCCUUGCACUAACGCCCGUGUUCUCUAAAGUCAUUCUUUACUCUUGGUUCUCAAAUCUCCCCCCUCCCCCCGCCCCACAAGCUGAUAGGACGGAGGUGCACUUUAUGAAACUGGCACUUGCUGAAGGAGACAGCUCCGCCCCGAAGCUCCCUUAGCUGAAGUCCUCCUCUGCCUUGGAACGCAAAUAGUUCUUAUUUGCCAAAGAACAGGGAAUCGGGCCCAAAGAUCAAAUAUGGCAUUUCAUGCAAUUGGAACCACAGACGCACACCUCGGGAGCCGUUAUCCCAUUCCUCCAGUGACAAGCUGCGGAACCAGGAGCGAGACGAGCAUGUGUCUGCCCACAGCGGCUGUGAGCUCUCCAAUCAUAGAAUGUUCCUUCUCUCCCUGUCCCCGUGAAAGGCACCCUUGUUUUUAUGAAAGAAAAUGCUGCAUAGGAAAAACGAAAUGCCUUUCGUUCAAAUGUGUUUUAUCCAUGUCACUCAUUAUUCUGUACUUCUCAUGUUUAUUGUACGUUCUAUUCCUGUAAUUAUUGUACAACCCUGUAAGCGUUGUAAAAUCGUUUUGGAAUUUGUGCCUGCUAGUUAUGCAAUAAACAGGCUCUAUAGUGUCUU